AUAUUCAAGUCAAGACGGAGUAAUGACUUCCCCCAGUGCCUUCAUACCUGCCUCCAUCACCGGUCUUUCCGCUCUGCAAUACCUCGAUCUGUCCCUCAUCAGGCCGGUGGGGCCCAUUCCACCCCUCGGCAGUCUCACCGGCCUCACCCACCUAGGUUUUGGAACGCCUGGAAUUGAAAGCAGGUUGACUGGCACUCUGGAAGGACUGGCUUGGCUCUCCUCCCUCACCAACCUGCGAACACUGAGUCUACAGUACUUGCCAUUAACUGGUGACUUGUCCUCCCUGCACGUUCUUUCUCACAUGAGAAGCCUUCAGCAACUGAAACUCAGUUCGCUCCCCAACGCGGCAGGCGAGAUACCCAGAGAGAUUCAAUACCUGACUGCCCUCAGUACACUGGAUCUCUCCUUCCUUCGUGCUGCGGAGUUUCCCAACUGGGUCACUCAACUCUCCAACCUUCAGUACCUGAACCUGGAAUCGGACUAUCCACUCCGGCAGGGACGUUUGCUGAAUGAUGACAUCUCUCACCUCACAGCACUCACUAGCAUGUCCCUUAAGGGAAACAACCUGGAUGGCUACCUUCCCAAGAGCUGGGCCAAUCUGGUCAAUCUGCAGGAGCUAUCUUUGAGGUCCAACCAAUUGCAGGGAACCAUUCCGACCACGUUCUUGGGCCUAACAAGUCUAAUUAUACUAGACCUCUCGCGGAAUCAACUGUCUGGUACAAUACCUGCAUUUGCCACCAACAUCAAGUCGUUAAAGCUUGGCCACAAUAACUUCAGUGGGCCCAUCCCACCACACAUUGCACUUCCCAACCUCUAUUACCUUGAACUAGCCUUCAAUCAGUUCACAGGAGGCAUCCCAAACACAUUCACUCGCCUCACUAACAUGGGCCAUCUAGACAUUGGUGCCAACAGACUCAGCUCAGGCCUUGAUGUGGUGACUCAGAUGACAUGGCUCUACAUCGCAUACCUUCAUAACAACAAGUUCUCUGGUGUGUUUCCGACGUCUUUUUCAGCAAUUACUGGCCUCGAAGACCUGGACAUUGGAAACAACAGCUUUACUGGAAGCUUCCCGGAUGCUAUCCUGCACCUUAAGAGUCUUAGACUCCUAAAUCUCAAUGACAACAAAUUCAGUGGAGUCAUCCCAUCGGUCCUGUUUCAGAAUUCGGUGGGCUGGCUGGAUGUAACUAACAACUUCUUGUCUGGGGAACUCCCAGCGACUCUCAGAACCAACUCUUAUCUCUACUACCUAGAUCUCAGCUGCAACAACUUCACAGGGUCGAUUCCCGACUCCAUUUCAAAACUCACCACCAUCGACGGCAUUCUACUCAACAACAACCAACUGACAGGCACCAUCCCCUCAGCCAUCUUUACCAUGAAAAAUCUGAAAUUCCUCUACAUGGCCAACAACCUUCUGACUGGCAGUCUGCCAUCCGCCAUCAGCCGACUUAAGAACCUUGAACAGAUCUGGUUGGACAACAAUAAGAUUGAAGGCCCGCUGCCAACUAGCCUAUGCUCUCUGCACUGGCUGUGGCGCUUCAUGGUGAGCAACAACUACCUCUACGGACCCCUGCCAGACUGCCUCUUUGACAAGUGUAUCAACCAAAUUGAUGUGAGCGGCAACAGCCUGUACGGGCGAAUCAACCGCGACUUUGAGAAUAUGGUGGCAGACGGCAAUGCCCUCAUCAACUUGGCUCACAAUUUCUUCUAUGGAGACGGAGUGCUCUUUGCUGCCGGCUGCAAGGUCUGCCCCACCGAGGUGAACGAGCCCAACAACCUAGACAUGUUUGAUACUUCUCUUAUCCAUCGAGAGUUUCGUGGCAAGUGCGGCGGUGCUGCGUUGGAUAACUCCGUGGCAGAGUCUGGCAGGAUGGUGAGGGUGAGUCUGUCAGGCAACUGCCUGACCCUCACCCCGAACAAGAAGUGCUCCUCAAACGCCACCCAGCGCAGCAGAGCAGCCUGCCAGGCGUUCUGCAGUAUCACGGAUAAUGACCCGUGUGACGGCCAUGGGGCAUGUGUACCGGCUGACCCCGCCUCCGGCACCAACUUCACAUGCCUCUGUGAUGCCGGCUACUCGGGCAACGGCUCCACAUGUGCCAUCGUCUACUCAAACACCACCACUGUGUCCUCUCUGUCCACGGGUGCCAUAGUAGGCAUUGUUCUGGGAAGCUUUGCUGGCUUCACUCUGCUGGCUGCUGUGAUCGCAUGGCUGCUGUGGCCCCGCAGACAAAAGAAGUGGGAGGAUCCUCUCUCGCUGCGCCAAAGGUUGCGCUUGGCACAGGGAGCAGCAGAGGGCCUGGCAUACCUGCAUGGGUUUGACACACCCAUUGUUCACUGCGACAUCAAGCCAGCCAACAUCCUUGUCACUGGAGACAUGCAAGCCAAGGUGGCUGACUUUGGGCUGCUCAAGCGCCUCACUCACGGCGACGCUAAUGUCACGCGAGUGGCCGGCACUCCGGGCUAUGUGGAUCCAGACUACACCCGCACCCACGUCAUCACUGUCAAGAGUGACGUGUUCAGCUUUGGAAUCGUGCUUCUUGAGCUGCUGAGUGGCAAGUCACCCCAAGUUGACGCAAAAACGCACAUAAGAAAAUGGGCUAUGAAGCUCGUGGAGGCGUAUGAGGUGGAUGAGCUGAAGGACAGCAAGAUGCCGGCAGUAAGUGAGGAGGCUAUUGUGGACUUUGCAGACCUGGCUCUGGACUGCAUCAAGUCUCCCGGCACACGGCGACCCACCAUGAAGGAUGUGGCAUACCGCCUCAGUGCCCUCAUUGACAAGCACUGCCCCGACAAGGAAGACGAGUGGGAGAGUGUCGCAAAAGAUGAGAGUCCAAGCAGCAUGGAUAUGUCCUCAAGAAAUGCUUCUGCUCUAUUGUCUAGAGAUGGUUGUAAGGAGUCUGAGAGGCGUGAUGGCUCACAGUCUGGUGUGAGCUCAUUGUUGGGCAUUAGCGCAUUAAGUGAUGGCCUCAAGAGUUGGCUGCUGCAGUCAAAGCCAGCCAAUGGGCGCUGA